UGGUGAUCAAACCAUGGAUUAUCAACCUUUUACCGAAGAACCACCAUUUGACACCUAUUUAUCUAUUCACCGCCAGAGAACCAAGACACCAAAGCCCACCCUUCUCUUGACAAUUACAGAGAUACCGAUUCACGCUUACUAUCCUUACAAAUGGAUACCUGCACAUCCUUAUCCACAGACUCUUGGUCCAUGUCGCCAUCCUACCCAUCGGGUCCCUACACUCCCACCGAUUUGGAAUCCUUGGAAUUCAGUCGUUCCGAACGUGGGAUUGCCGGUUUCGUUUCGAAACUCUACGAUUAUGUGAGUUUGCAAUCAUCCGAUAAUGAAAAAUACGCUCACUGGUGUCGCCAUGAUGGGAAAGACAUGUUUAUUAUUGAUUGUAUUCCCAAAAUUGUUCUGCCGCGAUUAUUUAAACAUUGCAAAUUCCCAUCAUUUGUUCGACAACUUAAUAUUUAUGGUUUCCAACGCGACACGGAUGCUCGAAAAUCUAAAGACAGUAAAGACAAGGAGAUUUGCCGCUGGUACCACCCGUUCUUUCGUCCAGGGAGGCGCGACUUAUUUCACUUGAUUCGACGAAAAGGCGUGCGUUGCUCUCGACGCAAAAGGGCCAAAAGUGAGGAAGAUCCCGAAACCAUUCUCAAUCUCGGCUCAGGCGAUGAAUCCGACAAUGACGAAAUGGGAAGUCCAUCUCAGCAAGAUGAAGACGGCAUGCGAUCUUCUUCCGCAUCAUCUCCCUCGCCAUCGGUACCACAACAUCAAGAACCACUUGAAUCAGCCACUGUAGUACCGUCUUCCCCAGCACAGCCAGACUCAGCCAAUGACGUUCCCUCAGUCUCCAGCGAUCCAUCCGUCUCCUUGACAGAACCAAAGGGGGAGGAACACACGAAUCCAGCUGUCGCGCCACCCGUACCCACGUCAUCCACCGCCUCCACUGUUUGCACCCCAGCACCUACAGAGACGAACCUUGCAAUGCAAGAACACGAACUCGGGGUACAGCUGAUUCAUAUGAAAAAGGAAUACAAUAAAAUGCAACGGUUCCUUACCGAACAACUAAAUAAGGCUUACUUUCAAAUUCAAAGCCAACAACAACGCAUCCAACAAUUGGAAGAAGAACGACUCCAGCUGGCAAGGUUUCAACAACAAUACUCACAUCCGCACCAGCACCCACAUACACAUACACAAGCCCAUCCCCAUCCACACCAACACAUACACCUUCAGUCUCAUCCACCGCAGCAACAGGGUCACUCCCAUCCAUAUAUGCACCCGGGCUUGGCAGAAUCCCCAAGACUAUCGGAUACCCAAUGGGAUGCACGAGGAAAUUCUGCGUUCGCAUCCACGCUACCAUCCUGCUUCUAUGCCAGAACCUCCUAGAAACCCUUCAGGACUCCAUCAAGCCGUGCCUUUACCAUCAUCCUGUUCUGUAUCACCCCAUUCUUCAGACCUUUCAACCUCCAUGAUGCCGGAAAAUGCAAACGUAUGGUUUCCUGCCCACGAAUCCUC